AUGACUCACCAUUGUACCAAGUUUUCCGGCCACUGGAAGAUUAUUGUCUACGAUGAGGAGUGCUUUCAGGGUCGCCGCCAUGAGUUCACUUCUGAGUGCUGCAAUGUGAUGGAGUUUGGAUUUGAGAGUGUGCGCUCCCUAAGAGUGGAAAGUGGAGCCUGGGUGGGUUAUGAGCAUGCCUCCUACCAGGGACAGCAGUUUGUGCUGGAAAGGGGAGAGUAUCCUCAGUGUGAUGCAUUUGGUGGAAGCAACGCUUAUCACAUUGAGAGAAUGACCUCCUUCAGACCUAUUGCAUGUGCUAACCACAGAGAGUGCCGUAUGACUAUCUAUGAGCGUGAAAACUUCCUUGGCCGCAAGGGUGAACUUAGCGAUGAUUACCCCUCCCUCCAGGCCAUGGGCUGGUGCAACAACGAAGUUGGCUCUUUCAGGAUCCAGUCUGGAGCAUUUGUGUGCUACCAGUACCCUGGUUAUCGUGGAUACCAGUAUAUCAUGGAGUGUGAUCGUCACUGUGGGGAGUACAAACACUUCAGGGAGUUUGGGUCCCACUGCCAGACCCCUCAGAUCCAGUCCAUCCGCCGUAUUCAGCAGUAACCACUUAUGCAAA